UCUAUCGAUUCCCUUCAAACUAAGAGGGAUCCACCCAACCUCUUCCCCAAACCUGAGGGGGCAUUCGGCUUAUCUUGCCCCAAACUGAAAAGGACCGUUUCCACUUUUCAUUCAAGCUGAAGGGCAACCCAUCCCCGUUCUUCCCUAAAAUUGAGGGUAACGUUCUACCUCGCCGCCAAACUGAGUCAUCCCAUCCUUUUCCCAGAAUUAGGGGCACCCUUACCUCUUUUUCCUCCAACUAAAGGUAAAUGAUCCCACCUCUUCCUUCGAAUUGAGUGUAAUCUAUUUUCACUUCUUGCUCUAAACUGAAAGGGACCCAUCUACCUGCUUUCUCCAAAUGAGGGAAGCCCAUCCACUUCAUCCCUCAGCUGAAGGAAUCAGGACCUUCUCGUCCCUAAACUGAGGGGGACCUGACGGGCCACGAUCCGAAGAAACUUGCACCCCACCUUGCCCUAAAGAGAGCGCAGCCUCACCGCCCCCAAGCCCAAAGAAAGCCUCCCCGUGCUCCGCGCGCUCUCGAAGUGGGUGAGGGGCGCGCGAGCUCGGGUUUUCCCCCAGACUAGCCAGUGAACUAACAGGACCAUGAUCACGCCCUCUGAGUGGCUGGCUGCAGUCUCCACCACCGGCAGCGGUUGCCCACCCCUAGCCUCUGGAGACUACUAUUGGCUCCACCCCCUUCCUCCGCCCCGCCUCCGCCUGGCUCCGCCCCUCUUCUUCGGCGUCCGGCCCGGUCCCGCCCAGACUGCGAGCUAGUUGAGGAGACGCCGUGGCGCGGCCGGGACCCGCCCGGAGGCGCACUGAGCGAGCCACUAGCGGAGCCAUGGCCGGCCAGGAAGACCGCGGGGACGGGGAGCCGGUAUCAGUGGUGACCGUGCGGGUGCAGUACCUAGAGGACACCGACCCUUUCGCAUGUGCCAACUUCCCGGAGCCGCGCCGGGCCCCCACCUGCAGCCUGGACGGGGCGCUGCCCCUGAGCGCGCAGAUACCCGCGCUGCACCACCUGCUGGGGGCGCCGCUCAAGCUAGAGGACUGUGCCCUGCAAGUGUCUCCGUCUGGAUACUACCUGGACCCUGAGCUGUCCCUAGAAGAGCAACGGGAGAUGCUGGAGGGCUUUUUUGAAGAGAUCAGCAAAGGGCGGAAGCCUACUCUGAUCCUGCGGACCCAGCUUUCUCUGAGAGUCAAUGCCAUCUUAGGUGAGUGUGUGAGGAUAUCAGCGUCGAGUGCCUCCCCUCCCCGCUGCCCCGGUUGUCUCCGUUUCUUUCAGGCCUGUGCUGGACAGCAGACAGAGCAGAUGGGAGAUGGGAUGUGCGACUCCUCCCAUUCCUAUCCUGACCUCUUCUUCCAGGGCAGCUGCCAGACUGCGGGUCGGGCUUGCCCAGAGUCAGGGAGUGGAGGAGGAGAAAAGUUGUAUGGCUCCAGUGGCCCUGAGCUCCGCCGCUCCCUCUUCUCACUAAAGCAGAUCUUCCAGGAGGACAAAGACCUGGUGCCUGAAUUCGUGCACUCAGAGGGGCUGAGUUGCCUAAUCCAUGUGGGCGCUGCUGCCGACCACAACUACCAGAGCUACAUCCUCCGAGCACUAGGCCAGCUGAUGCUUUUUGUGGAUGGGAUGCUGGGGGUGGUGGCCCACAGUGAGACCGUGCAGUGGCUGUACACACUGUGUGCCAGCCUGUCCCGCUUGGUGGUGAAGACAGCCCUGAAGCUGCUGCUGGUCUUUGUGGAGUACUCUGAGAGCAACGCACCACUGUUCAUCCGUGCAGUCAACUCUGUGGCCAGCACCACGGGUGCUCUUCCAUGGGCCAAUUUGGUGUCCAUCCUGGAGGAGAAGAAUGGCGCUGACCCCGAGUUGCUGGUGUACACCGUCACCCUCAUCAACAAGACUCUGGCAGCGCUCCCGGAUCAGGACUCCUUCUACGACGUGACGGAUGCACUGGAGCAGCAGGGCAUGGAGGCACUGGUCCAGCGCCACUUGGGCACCGCGGGCACUGACGUCGACCUGCGCGCCCAGCUUAUGCUCUAUGAGAGCACCCUGCGGUUGGAGGAUGGGGACAUGGAAGAAGCCGUCACAGGUGGGCGGCGCAUCACCCGCCGAAAGCCUUCCUCAGAGGAGGGCAAGAGGAUCCGCCGAUCUCUAGAAGUGCGCUCCCCGGAGCCUGGCUCCACAGGCCCCGCCUCACCAGUAGUCUCCACCUCCUCCUCCGCCAGCCCUGCCUUGCCGACCGGCCCCACCUCCAGCCCCGUAGGCCCCGCCCCACCUACAGGCCCCGCCUCCAGCGCCGUGGGCCCUGUCUCUGGCCUCCAUACCACCUUGAGCCUCUUUCCUACCAUCUCCGUGACGCCCUCACCCAACAGUUCCUGCGAGAGGAGCAUCUACAAAGCCCGGUUCCUGGAGAAUGUAGCAGCAGCAGAAACAGAAAAGCAGGCUGCGCUGGCCCAGGGCCAGGCAGAGACAUUGGCUGGAGCCAUGCACGAUGAUAUCGAUGGACACCCAGACACCCAAGAAUUACGGGGCUCCCCAGAACCAGCCCCUGCACCCGGAACACCCCAGAGCGCUGCCCCUCAAAUCCUGCUCCGUACUCGGCACAGCCUCGAGCCAGAGCCCAAGGAGCCAUUGGCCCCACCAAGCCCCAAGGCUGAGCCCAUCCGGGAGCUCCCUACCAGCGUACCCAGCCUCUGCAUUGGGGACCUGGACUUCUCAGACCUGGGGGAGGAUGAAGACCAGGACGUGCUGAACACGGAGUCUGUGGAGGCGGGGAAAGGGGUCCCGCCCCCGCCACCCCCGCUCCCGGGAGGCCCCCCACCUCCUCCGCCGCCACCACCCCCACCCAUCAAAAGCUCCUUCCCACCACCACCCCCAGCUGCCACUCUUCCCCCCUCAGCACCUGAUGGCCUAGCCCUUCCCACCAAGAGGAAGACAGUAAAACUCUUCUGGCGGGAGCUAAAGCUGGCUGGGGUCCAUGGAGGCUCUGGCAGCCGCUUUGGGCCCUGCCCCACCCUGUGGGCCUCACUAGAGCCUGUCUCGGUGGAUACAGCCCGGCUAGAACACCUGUUCGAGUCCCGUGCCAAGGACGUGCUGCCUUCCAAGAAAGCUGGUGAGGGCCGCCGCACAGUGACCACCGUGCUGGACCCCAAGCGCAGCAACGCCAUCAACAUCGGCCUAACCACACUGCCACCUGUGCACGUCAUUAAGGCUGCCCUGCUCAACUUUGAUGAGUUUGCUGUCAGCAAGGAUGGCAUUGAGAAGCUACUGACCAUGAUGCCCACAGAGGAGGAGCGGCAGAAGAUCGAGGAGGCCCAGCUGGCCAAUCCUGACAUACCCCUGGGCCCAGCCGAGAACUUCCUGAUGACUCUCGCUUCCAUCAGGGGCCUGGCUGCCCGCCUACAACUCUGGGCCUUCAAGCUGGAUUAUGACAGCAUGGAGCGGGAAAUUGCAGAGCCACUGUUUGACCUGAAAGUGGGCAUGCAACAGCUGGUGCAAAAUGCCACCUUCCACUGCAUCCUGGCCACCCUGCUGGCUGUGGGCAACUUCCUCAACGGCUCCCAGAGCAGCGGCUUUGAGCUGAGCUACCUGGAGAAGGUGUCAGAGGUGAAAGACACGGUGCGCCGACAGUCACUGCUGCAUCAUCUCUGCUCCCUGGUGCUCCAGACCCGGCCUGAUUCCUCCGACCUCUACUCAGAAAUUCCUGCCCUGAUCCGCUGUGCCAAGGUCAGCUGGGCCAGGGCUUGCUUAGGCUACAGGCAUGCGCAUGGGCUGUGUCCUCUGGCAGAAACUCUUUCUUCUAUUGGCAUGGCUACACCUACUCUGUCUUUAGGUCUGUUUAGCUGCCACUUAUCCCAAGAAACCUUCUCCGUUCUCCACUGCAUCAAAUGGACUUGUCUGUCUCUUGCAUCAGACUGUGAGCUUUUGGAGGGCAGGGGCCGGAUCUCGGCUGUGUCCUCAGGGCCCAGGCUAGUCAGCCCAGCACAAAGGCAGCUCAGGUGGUGUCUUUCUGUGGGGGGACAGCAUGUGUACUCCCUGCUUUUCCAGGUGGACUUCGAGCAGCUGACUGAGAACCUGGGGCAGCUGGAGCGCCGGAGCCGGGCAGCCGAAGAGAGCCUACGGAGCUUGUCCAAGCACGAGCUGGCUCCAGCCCUGCGUGCCCGCCUCACCCACUUCCUGGCCCACUGUACCCGCCGUGUUGCCAUGCUGAGGGUCGUGCACCGCCGUGUCUGCAACAGGUUCCACGCCUUCCUGCUGUACCUGGGGUACACAGCGGAGACAGCCCGUGAGGCGCGCGUCAUGCAGUUCUGCCACACGCUGCGGGAGUUCGCACUGGAGUAUCGGACUUGCCGGGACCGGGUGCUGCAGCAGCAGCAGAAGCGGGCCACGUACCGUGAGCGCAACAAGACCCGGGGACGCAUGAUCACCGAGACAGAGAAGUUCUCAGGUGUGGCGGCUGGGGAAACCCCCAGCAACCCAUCUAUCCCAGUGGCUGUGAGCAGUGGGCCAGGAGAGGGUGAUGCCGACAGUCAUGCCAGCAUGAAGAGUCUGCUGGCCAGCAAGCCCGAGGACACCACACAUGGCCGCCGCAGCAGAGGCAUGGUCCAGAGCAGCUCCCCAGUCAUGCCCACAGCAGUGGGGCCCUGCACUGUACCCCCAGAAGAACCUCCAGGCUCCAGUUUACCCAGUGACACUUCAGAUGAGAUCAUGGACCUGCUGGUGCAGUCAGUGACCAAGAGCAGUCCUCGUGCCUCAGCUGCUCGGGAACGCAAACGUUCCCGUGGCAACCGCAAGUCUUUGAGACGGACGUUGAAGAGCGGGCUCGGAGAGGACCUGGUACAGGCGCUAGGACUGAGCAAGGGUCCUGGCCUGGAAGUGUGAAGGUGCUGCCUCCAUGAUACCUAUCUAUCUGGGCCCCAGCCUGCAGUGCAGGAGACUAUGGUGAGGAGGGACCAGAGCACAAUUCUGGGCCUCUUCUCUACUCGAGGGCCAGUGGGUGCAUUCUCAGAAGAGAGAAUGGUCCGUGGCCAGUGCCGUGAGCAGUAUUAGCUGUGUGUGCCUGUGUGAGUGUGCUUGUGCAUGUAUGAGCUCCCUGGACACGUGGAGCAUAAUAAAGUUUUCCUAGCCAAUCCAAGAGCCUUUUCCU